AUGGCCCAAGUGUUGGCUAGUGGAGGUUCGGGCUCGACCGAGGCCCUGAAGGAGGCUGAGGCGGCUAAGAAGGUGGCCGAGGACAAGGUGAAGACCAUGGAGGUCGAGCGCAAGGAGUUGAGGAAGAAGGUCGACGCGGCUCUGAAGCAGAAAGAUGCGGAGGUCGCGGCUGAAAAGAAGAAGCUGGCUGACCUUCGACUCGAAUGGGCUCCCUCGGCUGACGAGUCGCCGGAUGUGGCAGCUCUGAAGUCUAGGGCUGAGUUUGCGGAGAAGAUAGAAAGCCUGAAGAUAAGCCUGGCCGACAUGGCCGACGUCGGUUUCGAGCGUGCUCUUAACCAGCUGAGGCUUCUGAACCCUGGUUUGAAGGAGGAUAAUGUCGGGCUCUCUUCGAGGAUCGUAGAUGGCGUGUUGGUGCCUGAGUCCCCGGGGAGUGAAGAGUAG